CACCAGUGUGCCGCCUAUAUAAGCGGGGCGCACGUAGUCAUGGAAUUGUGUAAAGCGGCUCGCAGGGAGAAGGAAGUCUCUUCAGCUUCAUUUUUGCCACUGACUUGAAACUGCUCAAACUGGUAACACCAUGGGAGGAGCAGUGGUGGACGACGGACCUACUGGGGUGAAGGCACCAGAUGGCGGAUGGGGCUGGGCGGUGUUGGUCGGCUGCUUUGUCAUCACAGGAUUCUCCUACGCGUUCCCCAAGGCUGUCAGCGUCUUCUUCAAGGAGCUGAUAAAAGAGUUCCAUGUUGGCUACAGUGACACGGCCUGGAUAUCAUCCAUACUGCUGGCCAUGCUCUACGGCACAGGUCCUCUCUGCAGUGUGUUGGUGAACAAGUUUGGCUGUCGACCUGUGAUGAUGGUUGGAGGGAUUUUCGCCUCACUGGGAAUGAUUCUGGCUUCUUUUGCAACCAGCAUUGUACACAUCUACCUUUCCGUUGGCAUUAUUACAGGUUUGGGCCUCUCAUUGAACUUCCAGCCAUCCCUAAUAAUGCUCAAUCGCUACUUCAGCGAGAAGCGACCUUUGGCCAACGGCCUGGCAGCGGCAGGCAGCCCCGUAGCUCUGUGUUCUCUCUCCCCACUGGGACAAGUUCUUCAGUACCAUUAUGGCUGGAGGGGUGGCUUUCUCAUCCUGGGAGGAAUACUUCUCAACUGCUGUGCCUGUGGUGCCCUCAUGAGGCCCCUUUUGCCACCAAAGAAACCCGGCAUGCUGGAGGAUGGCGAUAUCGCAGCCAUAGACAAGGAAAAGAAGUCCCAACCCAAGAAGAAACUGCUAGACUUCAGUGUGUUCAAAGACAGAGGAUUUGUCAUUUAUACUGUUGCCGCCUCCAUUAUGGUGCUGGGCUUGUUUGUGCCGCCUGUUUUCGUGGUCAACUAUGCUAAAGGACUCGGCUAUGAGGACACGGCUUCUGCUCUGCUGCUCACCAUCUUGGGAUUCGUAGAUAUGUUCGCCCGUCCCCUGUCGGGAAUCGUCGCAGGCCUGAAGUGGGUACGGCCAAGGUGCGUCUACCUGUUCAGUUUUGCUAUGCUCUUCAACGGAUGCACCGAUCUCAUUUGCUCACAGGCAAACACCUAUACAGGUCUGGUGGUCUUCUGCAUCUUUUUUGGCAUAUCGUACGGCAUGGUGGGAGCACUACAAUUCGAGGUCCUGAUGGCUAUCGUGGGGACGGAAAGGUUUUCUAGUGCUAUUGGUCUUGUGCUGAUGAUGGAAGCGAUGGCUGUGCUCGUGGGACCUCCUGGAGCAGGUCGCCUCUUGGAUGCUACACACCAGUACAUGUACGUAUUCCUGCUGGCGGGCUGCGAGGUCACGCUGUCAGCCAUUGUGAUUGCCGUGGGAAACUUCCUAUGCAUCAAAACUGGACAGGAAGAUCCUGCUCCGCUGGAAAUGGCGGCGACUGCUGCGAAGGAGGAGGGCGUCAGCAAGGAGACAAUUGAAGGCGAGCAGGGGGAAGAGGGAGUCGACCAGUUGCCUAUGCUAGGGGACGUGGAGGAGUAA